GGCAGUUACUCACUUACUCCUAGUGAAUGCCCCUCGCCACUCUACAUGUUCUCUAUCUCUUCCAUAGUUUUCUCCGCCUCUCUUUUCUUCUUCAACCUUUUACACGACUCUCCAUCACAACUGUACUCUUUUCUCAUUUUCCGUUUAUGUUUCUCAUCAGGCAUAUCAAAUUCAGGAAAAUAACAUCUCUUUUUGCAUACAAAAAUGGUGGUUUCUGAGUCUGAUUCUGGAAAGGUUAAACCAAAAUCACCACCACAAUUGCAUCAAGAAGACUCUUUGUUUCCUGCGCCAAUUCGACAGAAUUCGGUCUUCUCACUUACUCUUGAUGAGUACCAAGUCAGGAGUGGAAAGUCUUUUGGGUCCAUGAACAUGGAUGAACUCAUCAACAGCAUAUGGAAUGGAGAUGAAAACAUCCUCUAUUCGGUAUCCAGCCAAGACGAACCGAAUAAUGAUAAACACAUGGCUGACCAGACUGAUCUCCCCCGACAAGCAUCUUUCUCCAUCCCUCCUCCACUAUGCAAGAAAACUAUAGAUGAGGUGUGGUCUGAAAUCAACAAAAACAAACAGCAGCAAAAUUCUAACAACAAUGGCAGUAACGAUUCUGUUCAAGGUGAACAAACCUUUGGGGAGAUGACUUUGGAAGACUUUUUAGUCAAAGCAGGGGUUGUUCAAGACGUGUUUGUUGAAGAAGCAUCAGGCUCUUCCAAGCGACAUAUGCUAACACCUACUCAACGUUCCGGGAGCUUUCCAAAUAAUAAUACAAACUUGGAGACAACCUUUGGCAUCGGAAAUAUGAUGGGUUUGGAAUUCUCCGCUUCACAGAAUUCUGGUAACAACUUGUCAAGCAAUGAUCUUGCAGCAUAUCUUGCACAAGGUAAUAAGUUUCCAGGAGAGUCAUCCAAUACUAAGGAAGAAGAAAAAGGAGAAAGUGCACCACAGCCAGGUGGGCAGAGAGGCAGAAAGAGGACAACAGAUGGUACACUUGAGAUGGCGGUGGAGCGUCGACAGCGUAGGAUGAUAAAAAAUAGAGAGUCCGCAGCCCGAUCACGAGCCAGGAAGCAGGCUUAUACUGUGGAGCUGGAACUAGAACUGAAUCAGCUUAAAGAAGAAAAUACAAAGCUCAAGAAAAUAGUGGCCGAGGCUGAACGUAAGCGGAGAGAAAAGCAAGCUAUAGAAGGUAAGGAAGCAACGAAGGCACAAAAGAUAGCAAAACAGUUGAAAAAGCUGAGGAGGACUGUCAGCGCACCAUAAGCUUGUCUUGGUGUGUAAGAAUGAGAGAGAGAGAGAGAGAGAGAGAGAAUAAGAAACAGUUCGAUCGAUGUGGGAACUGUAGAUGUGGAUCUCAGGCCAUCUGCAGAUGCCAAGUCUGGCGUUUUAAUGCUUAUGUCUAUUAGCAGUUGGUGUACAUAAAUAAAAUCAUCUGCUUAUGUUUCUUUCCAAAA